AGUGUAAGUUUCAAGGAGUCGCCGGACAGGAGGAAUAUGAUCGUGACGUUCGAUAUGACUGGGGUGAAGAAGCCGGACAUGCAUGUUAGCUUCCGCACUACACGCUUGAUCGUGAGCUGGAAAGUGGAGAGGAUCAUGGAGAGACGCGAGGGUGGCACGAUGAUGCGAGACCGAGAGGUGCGGAAGUACAGCCAUACGAUACCGCUCGCAGAUGGCACCAAGUUUGAGGAAGUGCGAGCGUCCAGGGAUGGGCCGAGGCUGAUGUUGACGAUUCCAAACACCAAGUGUUUACGG